CAGUUUUCAUUUCUCCCUCAACCCAAGAACAUCAAAAUUUGAUUUUCUAUAAAAGCCAUUUUUGGUAUUAUAUCUUUUAUUUUAGUUGUUUUAUAUUUCAAACCAUGGGCUGUGCACCGGGCGGACCUUGCUGCGGAUCCUGCGGACCUUGUGGACCUUGUGGACCGUGCUGCGGUCCCUGUUGUGGACCUUGCGGGCCCUGCUGUGGGCCCUGUGGACCUCGUUGUGGACCUUGCGGACCCUGUGGUCCUUGCUGCGGCCCUAUGGAAAAACGAAACGGCCUUCAGCGGUGCUGCCCGUUUUAGCUGUGAUUUCCUGAAUAAGCAACAAAAUUAUUGACAAAUAAAGGGGAACUAUGAAAACAAUCAAA